AGUUAAGCGACCUAAAAUUUGUUUUUGUUAAUUUUGUUCUUCCGGACACACUUUUGUGUGUCUGUAAUCUUUUAUUUACGUGUGAAAAGUUGACCAAAGCCGCCCGAUGACUUAAGCUGGAUACGAUGUCCCAACCAAGUGACAUGAAGAACAUGAGACUAAGUGAUGAAAGUUUAGCCAAAUCCCCAGAUGAGGUGUUUGACAUAAUAUGUAAAAUAGGACGGGGGUCCUAUGGCAGUGUCUUCAAAGCCAUGCACAAGGAAUGGGGACAGGUGCUUGCCAUCAAACAGGUUCCUGUGGACACGGACCUACAGGAGAUCAUCAAAGAGAUCUCCAUCAUGCAGCAGUGUGAUAGCCCUUUUAUAGUCAAGUAUUACGGCAGUUACUUCAAAAACACAGACUUGUGGAUUGUGAUGGAAUAUUGUGGAGCGGGAUCUGUGUCAGACAUAAUGAGAAUACGCAAUAAAACGGCGAUAUUCAUGAUCCCAACAAAGCCACCGCCAUCAUUCCGAAACCCUGACAAAUGGUCAACAGAGUUUAUAGAUUUUGUGAACCUAUGUUUGGUGAAGAAUCCAGAUCAGAGAAUCACGGCUGAAGAAUUGUUACAGCAUGAAUUUAUCCUAAAUGCCAAACCUGUGAGUGUGCUACAGAGAAUGAUACAGGAGGCCAAGGAAUGCCAGGAAUCUCACGCGGCCCUCAUGUUGAAUGGAGAUGAUUCGGGUGAUGAAGAUGAAACAGAUGGUACCAUGGUACAGAUGAAAGAAGAUCAGGACGCUGGUACAAUGAAGGCUCAGGACAUGAACAAUGAAGGCACUCUGGUAGCCAGUACAAGUGGCACAGUGAUAAUUAGCAGUGAGAACAGCACACUGGAGGAGUCUUUGGGAACGAUGGUUAUUAAUGAGGAUCCAGAUGAAGACACAAUGAAGCGGCAUGACACUGGAACUGGAGAGAAGAAAUACAGACCUGCCUACCUUGACCAUUUUGAGAAAAAGGAGGAGGAACAUAACAGCCAGAAGGUGGGGCAAUCAAAAGGUCCGCCCCCACAUCAACAACAACAACAACAGCCAGUACAGCAGCGACAAGUCACACCUCCACAUCACUUUCAGAGAGCGUUCAUAGACGGAGACUUUGAGUUUUUGAAAAACCUUGGUUAUGACGAGCUGGAAUCCAGAUUAGCAGGUUUAGAUCCAGAAAUGGAACAAGAAAUAGAGGAGCUUCGUGCGCGGUAUCAAGCCAAACGGCAACCUAUACUGGACGCUAUCGAUGCCAAGAAAAAGAGGCAACAAAAUUUCUAAUGUCAUUGCUUGGCCAGGAGGUUGUGAAACUUGCCUUUCCUUUAGCUCUUGAAUUGAUUUACAUGACAAUCACAGGACAGACUGAUCUCCUCUGGGGAAGCAGUGUUUUAGUGGGUGUUAUCUUUCCUUGGAUUUCGUGGAUGACGGAGUUAUCUCCCCUUUUGACUGUUUCGUGGAAUCCAUGAGUGUGGCCGACACCAGGGGAGACUGGGAUAUCUGUUAGUUCUUACUGUUUGCUGUUUGUUGACAGUUUUAGUGAUCAGAAGGAACAAGAUAUUUUUCGUUUACUGAGCUUUGUUUUGUUUUUGAUCUACUCUAAUCUACUGAUAAUUUUAAGUUGUGGGCUAACCU